AUGGCGCCUUCUGCAGUUGAAAUAGACAGCGUCUCGCCUCCUAGCGACUCUACGAACUUUCUCAAAGAAAACGCCAAAGCCGUGCAAAAGGAAUCACUAAAUACCUCUUCCACCAUGACCAAAGCAUCCCCCAUCGAAACGAAUGCGCGAACUCCCUCAUCCAAGGGGACGCAUCACGAAGAAUAUCAAUACCUCGACUUGAUCCGUGACAUCUUGGAACGCGGGGAGCAUCGCCCUGACCGAACCGGCACAGGCACCUUGUCUCUGUUCGGCCCUCCUCAACUAAGAUUCAGCCUUUCCAAGCCGGACCCCUCCUCUGACACCACUGAGCGAAUCCCCGUCCUACCUCUUCUAACUACGAAGCGCGUCUUUCUGCGCGCCGUGACCACCGAACUGCUGUGGUUCGUGGCCGGCUGUACCACGUCCAAGCCACUCUCGGAAGCCGGGAUUCAUAUCUGGGAUGGCAACGGCUCGAGACAGUUCCUUGACAAUCUCGGAUUUACUGAGCGCGAAGAGGGAGACCUGGGCCCCGUCUACGGCUUCCAAUGGCGACACUUCGGAGCCGAAUACCAGGAUUGUCAUGCAGACUACAACGGCAAGGGAGUGGACCAGAUCAAAGAGGUGGUGCGGAAGUUGAAACAUAAUCCCUACGAUCGGCGAAUCAUCCUCAGUGCAUGGAACGUUGCCGACCUGUCCAAGAUGGCGCUGCCACCGUGCCAUAUGUUUGCCCAAUUUUACGUCAGCUAUCCUGACGCUCCCAGAGGCGAAGCGGCCGUCCAGCAGCAGGUCAACGGCUCCGAGAAUGCGGACAAGCCAAGGCCAAAGGGACAUUUAUCAUGUCUGCUGUACCAAAGGUCCUGCGAUAUGGGGCUGGGCGUCCCCUUUAACAUCGCCUCCUAUGCGCUUCUGACGCAUAUGUUGGCCUAUGCCUGCGACCUUGUCCCGGGCGAGUUGAUCCAUACCAUGGGCGACGCGCAUGUAUAUCUUGAUCACAUCGACGCCCUCAAGGAGCAGUUACUUCGAGAGCCGCGAGAGUUCCCCACCUUGAACAUCAAGCGCAACGACCGCGGAAGUGGCGAGAUGGACGGCUGGAAGGUCGAAGAGCUGGAAGUCGUUGGGUAUAAACCACAUGGCGGAAUCAAGAUGAAGAUGAGCGUAUGA